CGCCCCCCUCAGCGGCUCUUUCUCUCGCCGCGCGGCGCUCCUCCGCGGCAAGAUGGCGGCGGCGCAGCAGGAAGCUCGCGAUGCGGCCGCGCAGGUGACGAGGCCCGCGUCAGACACCGACCCCCUCGGCCGCUUCACGUGUCCCGUGUGCCUGGAAGUGUUCGAGAAGCCGGUGCAGGUGCCCUGCGGACACGUCUUUUGCUCUGCAUGCCUGCAGGAAUGUCUGAAGCCGAAGAAACCUGUCUGUGGGGUGUGUCGCAGCGCUCUGGCACCUGGCGUCCGAGCUGUGGAGCUCGAGCGACAGAUCGAGAGCACAGAGACUUCUUGCCAUGGCUGCCGUAAGAAUUACGUCCUGUCUAAGAUCAGAGCUCACGUGGCUUCAUGUUCCAAAUACCAGAAUUACAUCAUGGAAGGUGUGAAGGCCACCACCAAGGAUGCAUCCCUUCAGCCAAGAAAUGUCCCAAACCGGUACACCUUUCCUUGUCCUUACUGUCCUGAGAAGAACUUUGAUCAGGAAGGACUUGUGGAGCACUGCAAAUUAUCACACAGCACGGAUACCAAGUCUGUGGUUUGUCCCAUAUGUGCCUCGAUGCCCUGGGGAGACCCCAGCUACCGCAGCGCCAACUUCAUGGAGCAUAUCCAGCGCCGCCACCGCUUUUCCUAUGACACUUUUGUGGAUUAUGAAGUGGAUGAAGAUGACAUGAUGAACCAGGUGCUGCAGCGCUCCAUCAUUGACCAGUGAGCAGGGGCCUCGCUGUCCACCUCAUUCUGGAGCUUCCAUUACCAUUAGGUGUGAGCCCUUGACUCCUGCACCGCACAUGUAAUGCAGAUCUGGAAAUGAGCCAUGGCACCAGACAGGGUCACUUCUCCCAGGGUGACAGGACCCUAAGCAGAGCCCUGUUUCCUUUGGGCUUUUGCUAACGUCGUCUUCCCCGCUGGUAACCUUGUUUGUCCGUGGUCUGCUGUCACCACACCUCAGCUACUGCCUCCUUUAAGAAGAGUCCAGCUUCUGUUCCCACAUGUUCUUGUUUCACAGUCAUCCUGCUGUCCAGUGUUUGUCUCUUAGGUCCUCCCAGCCAGCCAGGCCCUUCCCUGGGCCAUGAAUAGCACAAUAAAACUGGGACUCCUUUCCUUGGCCCUGAGGUCCUUUGGCUCUGCUGUGUACCAGACCAGGACUGCACUCUUCUUUUCCUCCUAGGUGACCUUGGGGUUUCAUAGACUGAUGCUGGAGAUUUUGGUUACUGCUGUUUCCCUACACCUCCUACACAUCCAUAGAACUGACGGCUUCUGUCUUAAAUGCCUGACAGUGCCUUUUUAGAAUAAGGUGUCACCAUAGAGAUGUAGUGCAAGUGUUGGGUAGCAAAGCUGGGCUGCAUUCAUCUGUAAGUGGAGAGGUGUGGCUUUUGGUUCUCUUUCACACUGAUGAGUGUUCCCAGAUGGCUGGGUCAUGUCCCCUCUGCUGGGUAUCUGCUGAUAUUCUUGCUCUGAAGAAAGAGUCCUGUGUGAUGGAAGGAGGGAGGGAGGGCACUGACUGCUGUAUGUGCUGCUUGGUGACUUGAUGAAGCUGAGCAUUGCUGUCAUACGGGCCUCCUGGCUUAAGUAUGUGUUUUAAAACCCUGCCUCUCAGUGCAAAGGCUGAGGCAAAGCCAGGGUCAUACUCACUUGUCUCUUCAAAGCCCCUGUUGGGAAGUUAAGAAAGUUAGGCCCCCUGCCGAAGUUGAGAAAGGCGGUCUGCUGGAGACUCUCUUGAGCAGCAGCUCUAAAAGCUCGAAGUCCAGCACAUUUUUUAUAGUUCAGUGGACACCAGCAGGACAGAUGUAGGGCUUGGGGGUCUGUUGUCUUUCCUGUCGUGUGGCUCUGGUCCAGCUGAGACUGCAUGCAGUAGUGUGCUUUUGAUGCCAUACAUCACUGUGGCCUCUGCCUGCCAGGGAAAAGCUAAUUCAGAUCCUCCUAACCAGCAGAGUCGGGUAGGAUCACUUUCCCAGUGUUACUGUUUAGGAGGGCCCAGAUAAUUACCACUUCACUAUACCCUCUGGAAAGGUUUGCUCAGGAGACACCUGGAGGGAAGUCUGACACGGGCAUAGCUGUGUGACAGUGCAGCAGGAGCCUCUUGUCCUGCCUCACGUUCACUAUUUCUAAUACAGUUACUUUCCAGAAAGCGUAGUUAUGUUCUGGCUUUUAAAAGGUGAAAUAUAAAUAAAUUUCAUAAUUUAUCCAACCA